AUGAAACCAGUCGCAACAGGAUACACCUGCCCCUCUAUUAUUGUUGGCACCCAGGAUACAUGUGACAGCCUAGCUGUCAAGUGUGGUAUCUCGGCAGCUUCGUUCGCUUCCCUCAACCCGAAGAUUGCUUGCUCCUCUCUGGCCAAGGAAAAACCUGUCUGCUGUGAGUUGGGGGAUCCUGCUUAUCCACCGAAAGCAGGAACUGCGUGGUGUUACACUCAUACUGUCCGCAGUGGGGAAACCUGCGCGAAGAUUUCCGAGGCAUACAAGAUCACCGAGGCUAAUAUCGAGACUUGGAAUGCCAAUACUACCGCAUGGUACGGCUGCAAGGAUCUACGGGAUGGGGGCCAAAUUUGUCUCGACAAAGGCGAACCCCCAAUGCCAGUUGCGAUCGGUGAUGCAAUCUGUGGUCCCCAAGUGCCUGGAACAGGACGUCCGAAGAUGUCGUUCAUGAUUCCUACUUUGAAUCCAUGCCCUGCCGGCCAAUGUUGUUCUAAAAAGGGUCAGUGCGGUACUGGUGCAGACUUCUGUGGCUCAGGUGCACUCGCUAUACCGGCUGGUGCACUGAACAAGGAUGCUACAGGCCCUGCAAACAAAGUUUCAUCUGAGUCUUCAACCAAAGACGCAUCUGAUGCCGCAGAGAAACAGGCGUCUGAGGCUGCGAAGAAAGAUGCAUCUAAAGCUAAAAUUGUAUUUGCAAGUGAAGCUACAUCCGCGAAAACAACAUCUGCAACUAAAGCUACAUCAACGGCAGCUUCAUCUACAACAAGCAAAGCUACAUCCGGGGGAACCAUUGUAUCCUUGGUAGCUAAAUCUCUAUCGACAUCGACCGAAAACAAGGAUCCACAUUUCUUCACGACAGAUAUACCCUUGAUAGAUGUACCCUUGACAUAUCUCCACCCGACCACAACCGUGCCUGCCAAAGAAGCAAUGAAGGUGGUCGCUCAUCUCCUGACCGUAGGUAAAAAUGCUACAGCCGCCAAUGCCAUGUCUACUGCAACCACCGAGGCCACUUCUACUACAACCACCAAGGCCACUUCUACUACAAGUAUUAGUACUACCAAGGUCACGUCUGUUACGACAAGCAAGGAAACCACCAAAACCCAAGUCAGAAUAACAAAAACCGUCAAAGGUAUUGCCACCGUACCCAGCGGAUGGGAGCUGAGGAUGUGGGAUGAGCCCGGUUGCAAAGGCAGCUACGUUGUCCUUCAAGGUCACAACGCGAAGUUGGAGGACAGUGACUGCAUGAAGUUCGGCUAUAAGAGUGAGCUCAGCACCAAUGUUGAUGACGAAUCCGUAUCGUGUCGUUAUUGGAUUAUGCCAGAAAAAGGUAAUUGGCAGUGGAAAGAUUGUCACGGCACUAAUCUGAAUAAACCCAAAUCGUGGAGGAUGUCGAAUGGUCUCUGUACCGUCUCUCCUAAUACAGAAUGCGAUCUUUGGAACGACAUUUCCCAAACCUAUGGCUGGCGGGGACCAGGUCAAUGUCAAGAUCGCCAACAAAUGGAUCCUGAGACAUUUGGAUCAUUCAAAUGUUAUGUUGGAUAG